AAACGACCGACCGACCGUGAUCCCCCGAUAGCUUAAUGGCGCCUCAGCAUCUGGUUUUUUCUGACAAUGGCCUCCGAAUCUCCUAGGAAAUCCUCCACUAUUGACGUCUCACGCGCAUCCAUGGAGUCGCCUCCAGGCAUCGCGGCCUUGUUCGUCAUACGCUUCGACAUUAGGACCGGGUAUGUGGUCUCAUGGAAACGAACUGCGCCAGGUGUCGAGGUGGAAGGGGUGGUGGAAUACAAGUCGCUUCCUUCUGGUCUACACAACGUACAUGAGGACUUGAUUUACUUCGUUCACGACGAGUAUGCUGGAAUCAGCGCGUUCCUCAACCAGCCCGCGGAAGAGGCAGAGCGCAAUGCCAAAAUGUUUGCGAUUGGGGUUCUGGUUCCCCUUAGCUCAGGGAGACUUGGCAAGAGCUGGAGACAUGCCCCCAGACUGAAGGAGCUGACGCAGAAGUACGCGAUGGAUAUGUCUGAUAUGCAGUCAUUGACCGAUUACUGGGAAUCCUUCCGAAUCGGGGGUUCUGAGUCUUCUGCGCCGGAUUCGCCGAUUGACUCGCCCCUCAGCCUUCGAUUCCGCCCAGGUGAUAGACCUGCCGCGCACCGAAACCGUGCCUUCAGCGAUGCGAUGGUAUUGGAAAACUCCAGGCCGGCCCUGACACCUUUCCAUCCCGCCUCAUCGCUUCCUGAUUUCAUCGAAUCGUUCGGACCAUUGAUAUUCCCUCUAUACCGAGCCGCUCUCUUACGCAAGCGCAUCCUCAUCAUGGCUGAAGCACCAGUGCACACACCAUGUAAUUAUGUCUAUGACCUAUCUUUACUGGCAUCUCUCCCAAACUCUCUCCUGCAAGUCCUCCCCUCGGACCACAUUCCGCGACUACGACCCCGCCCCCUCUUCAAUAUCGGCAUUCAUGACAUCCCUGAUCUUGCCUCUUUUGAUCCGUCACGGGCGACCAUGGAUCCUGAGAAAGAUCCCAGCUGGAUCGCUUGCUCAACAGACAGCGUUCUGAGCAUGAAGCCUGAUCUCUACGAUAUUCUCAUUACUCUCCCUCCAUCAUACUCUCAGCAAGCCAGUGAGCGUGUAUUCCCCACAAUCAGUCUGGUGGAUCAUUCAAGCACCAAGCAUAAAACCAAGCAUAACGCGAAUCAAACUAUCAAUCUGAAAGCAACACAGCGUGACGCCCGUCGAUAUGCUAUGCUUCGCAGAGGCCUCCGACAGUUCUCGCAUGGCCGUUCAGACUCCCCAGACUCGGUGGAAUCUGACGCAGACUCAACAUACUCAUCUAGUCCGGUCGUGGAGCCCCUCUCCUGGACCCGUCUCGCCUAUACUUCUUUCAUCUGGUGGGCUUCGGCGGGCGAGAAUCGUGACGGUCUAUCCGAGGAAGAGGAGGAACAUCAAAUCGAACAAGAUGCCAGGCUUCUGGCAAGUCUGGAAUGCCUUGCAUACCCUUCUACAAACACAGUCCGCCGCUCAAUGAAUUCCGAAGACCAUGGCCAGGAGCCCCCAGAAGUCGCGCUGGUAGCGUACUUCCGCCGUCUCACUUCACAAAUUUUUUUCACUCUUGCUGGGGCCAUUGAGCGACACGACAGUGACAGCCAGGGUGCGAAUGACUCGGGUGAUUCGUACGCCGCACCAUACCUUGACGACACGACAAACGAAGAUGCAGACUUGUCACUGUCCAUGUCACGGCAAUCGAUUAGCGGUGACGAUGGAAAUACACCGCUUCUGCGACAAAGAUCACAUGCAAGUCACGCCGAUCGCAGAUCAGUAUGCGAAAAUCAUGACACAGAUGACCCGAUCACUAUCACCAUUGCCGACAUGGCAGAGAUGGGUCUUGAUGUAUGGAGUGCCACGGAUCGGAUUUUCGUCGAGGAGCUGGUCUCUUUGUGGUGGGGACGCUCUGCAUAUGUUGACAGCGCCCGUAUCCGGUGCUGUGGCAUUUCAAUCCUGUAAAGAUCUUCUAAGAAAUUCUACAUCGGGGUUCCUCCUCAGAGGCGCAGCGAGGCGGACUGGCAACUUCGGCAAGAUCUACUGCUUAAAGUCCUUCUGCACAUACUCUCUUCGAAUCCGAUAGUGCGGUGUAAGAUAACUCUAUAUAUGGCAAGGUACAAAGCGCAUACAUCCUACCCAAAGUUGGCUCUCUGGCCAAUUCUUAUCAAUUCAUGAUCCAUAGUCUGGGUUCGACAAGGACUCUGUUCUCGAGUGGAUUUACCAACCUCCCUGAUUUCCUGGUUCUAGCCUCUCUAUUUUGCUCAUGUUGUGGAAGGUCGCAACCUAUUUCUCCAAUAUGAUCUACACCACUCCCAGUGAGCACUUGGAUCCAUUAAUCUUUGAUGCAUGUAAACUCUGUAAUGUACAAAAAGUUUUCUGUGAUUAAGGACGCGCAAAUUCCGGAUCCAUUUGCAAUGAAUACAGUAAGAGUCGAACAGAUCCCCC